CAGAAAGCGUGCACGAAAAGCGUCGCGUGUCUGUGUUUAGCUGAAGUGAGGAGUGGAGGGCGCUGGGUCACCGCUGACCAGCAGCAUUUCAGAGGUCUGCCGAUUCCAAGGACAGUACAACGUUGAGCAUGAGGCCACUACAGGAGGUCAUUACCGUCCAAAAUGAAGCAGACAGACCAGCUGGAUUGAUCACGCUCUCAAAUUUAUUACCACAGGCUGGAUCUCCUUUCAAAGAAGAAGGAGGAGAAGGAGAAGAGUUGUUUCUCCGAUUGGGACGAGGCUAGCGAUGGAUGUCCGGUACAGCCAGGAGCCGGAGCCGGGGAUGGUUCUGAAGAACGGGCUGAAGGAGGGAGGGAAGGAGGGGAAGGAGCCCCAGGGGAACCUUUCUAAAACGCUGCUGAAGGAGCCGCAGGAGUCCUUUGGCCCGUCCGGAGCUGUGGACAACCAUGAGAAAAGCAGGACGAGCUCGGGGGAUCCGGACUACUGCCGGAGGAUACUGGUUAGAGACGCUAAAGGCUCGAUCCGCGAGAUCAUCUUGCCGAAGGGUCUGGAUCUGGACCGGCCCAAGCGGACUCGGACGUCCUUCACGGCGGAGCAGCUCUACAGGCUGGAGAUGGAGUUCCAGCGCUGUCAGUAUGUUGUGGGCCGGGAGAGGACAGAGCUCGCACGCCAGCUCAACCUGUCCGAAACGCAGGUCAAGGUGUGGUUCCAGAACCGUCGCACAAAACAGAAGAAGGAUCAGGGGAAGGACUCCGAGCUUCGCUCCGUGGUGUCCGAGACUGCGGCCACCUGCAGCGUGCUGCGGCUGCUGGAGCAGGGCCGUCUCCUGACCCCUCCUGGGCUACCAGGCCUGCUGCCACAUUGCGGCUCCGCCCUACGUGCGCCCACCCUCGGCAUCACUGCCAAUGGGGCGUCCUCCGGCGGAAGUGGCGGCGGAACGGGAAGUGCGUCCGGAUCGGGUUCAGCGGCUGGGAGCCCCCCGUUGCCAGCGGCAACCAGCUCGGCGACGGCGGUAACUGGGCUACAGGGGUCGCCCCCUGCCCCCCACGGCCUGUUCAGCUUCCCCGUGCCGUCGCUGCUCGGUUCUGUGGCCUCCAGAAUCUCCUCAUCUGGGCCGCUUGCCAUGGCUGGCUCGCUGGCCGGAAAUCUGCAGGAACUGUCUGCGCGGUACCUCAGCUCGUCCGCAUUCGAGCCCUACUCGCGGACCAAUGGCAAAGACACGCUGGACAAGAAAGUUCUGGAAUGAUCUCUGUUUACUUUUUUGCUAUUUUUUUUUUCCAAUUUCUCAAUUUUCUCGUUUUAAAAUGUUACCACUUCUUUUGCUCUUGAACUUUACUGUUGUUAAAUUUUUUUUUUUUUAAUUUAAAAAAGAUCUCUGUCUCCUUCUUGUCGUCCGUGCCGUGGUUGUCGGUCAGUCUCGCGCAUUUCAUUUUUUUUUGUUUGCUUGUUUUUCUUUGAAAUUUCUCAGAAUGCACACGCGAAACAUGUCUCAGUACUGCCGCAGCAGAAAUGCGAACUCCUAAGGCUUCUUGCACUAAUUCCAAAAUUUACCACCCGAGUCGGGAAGGAAGAAUAUCAAGCAAGGGGAAAAGAUGGGGACCACUUUGUUUUUCUCCCCUCCAUAGGAUUUGUUCUGGACAUUUUUAGCCAACUCCCCCCAAAAAGGUCAAAGGAAAAGAUCCUGUGUGCUAGAAUGCCAAACAUGAUCCCACUGAUCUGCUGGGUGGCGAUGAAAACUUUCAGCGUGUCUCGUAGGAACAUUCUGGUUGGCUUGAAUCACCCAAUCUGUUCGAAGCUGCUACCACAGAUAUAUGAAUGUUUCAGUUAUAGCUACAUCACUGAAGAAGGCCUGUAGGCCUCCAUUCUGCGGGCAUUUAUUCUGCACUGCUCCAACUUCUUUAACCCCUUAAACUCAGCAUCUGGGCAGUCGUCUGCAAAAGUUUUGCCACCUCCGGUCAAACUGCAUGCUUUUGUUGAUUUAAGUGUCAUAUCCUCUGCAGAGAACACACCUUUUAAUGCGCAGUUACUGUUUAUUUGUUGAAUUUAACAUAUUAGGGGAAAAAUAUAAAGCAUAAAAUAUGGUGCCAAAUGUAUGCCACCUUUUAUAUUGUAUGUUUUAUAUUUUUUACAGUGUCUACAAACAAAUAGUGCCCUGAAAAAAACGUAUUUUCACUUUAAAAAUUAACCACGCGUAAUUUGACCAGGGGUGUUUUUCAUGGAGGUCCAAACUUAAAUUUCUCACUCUCACAACUGCAGAAUGUACACAUUAGUUUCACAGUCGAUAGUGACUAAAUUGUAGCCGACACUAACCACUGUUUAAAAGUUCUGUCCUUUUUUUUUAUUAACAUAAAACUCAUUCAUUGAAAAUUACACUCUACAACUUCAUACUGUUCAGGUAUUUAGCACUGAAAUGUGUCAGAAAUAGAAGUUAGUCUUUUUGAUUUUCUAGUUGUAAAUAAGUGAACACCUUUCGCUUCUAUAGAGAGCACGCCCCUGCAAACUUUGAUGCACAAUUUCUGUUUAUUUGCUGAAUUUUACAAAUAAAGGGGGGAAAAUCUGUAACAUGAA